AUGCGUCUGUAUCUCGCUUUGCACGUGGCCGCGGCCAUGUUGCUCGCCACGAACUCCGUUGGGGCUGGAGCUCCCGACUCGUUCAUGCAGGAGAAAGCUACAGCUCACAUUGAUGCGUUGUCUCGCAGAUUGGGAGUUGAGGCCGACGUUGCGGGUGAACUUGGGACGAGCCCCCAGCGCGCUGCCGAGCAGUCGACUGCAUCUGCUGUUGCUCCGACCAGAAGCACAAACAGAGAGGUAAGCUCUCGCUCGAAGCAAACGCAGGCUGCAAAGUCCUCGACCGGGACUCCGACCACCUCGAGCCUCUGCGCCAAACCUCGCGUCGUCGUCACGGAAGUGGAUGUGGGUGUCGUCAUUGACAGCAACGAAGACGAAGCUGCGCUCAAGCUCGUGGCCAUCGCCGCAUUGCCGUCGGGUGGAUCGCGCAUCGCCUUCCACAGCGGCGAUGGCACUGUCAUUGUGCGCGAAUUGGACGCCAAAGAUCAGCUCGUGAGCAGCAGCGCCGCUGUCGAAGUGCCAAUGCACGACUUUGCCGACAUUCACGCCGACGACAAGGGCUUUGUGCUUCUCGGCACGAGAGACGCCGAAGGAGGCGGCACUCUCAACUGCGGCAAUCCCAGCAACCUGUGUGGCUCUGCCCCUGACCCGGCGGUGCCCUGCUACGACAUGUACUUGGCUCGCUUCGACGGCUCGAGCGAGACGUGGGCCACGAAGCUGACGUCGUCCAGCGCAUCGCUGCCGCCGUACUCGUCUUCCAAGACGGGCAAAGACGUGUACAUGAUCUGGUGGUACGCCCACCACGGCCGCAUCGCUUUCGACGGCACGAACUGGGCCGCGUACUUUGGUGCCGCGAUCUCGACGUCCGAGAACGGCUGCAUCAACAUCCACCAGGGCGACCGCAUGAAAGUCGUGGGUCCGUCAGGCGCCAUCACGGCGCACGAGGACUCGUUCGACUGGGGCUGCUCGCACUCGGCGUACGAGCGCAUCACGUACGACAACCGCACGAACAGCUACGCGACGAUCUGCAAGACGGACAACAACAACCGCAUCAUGCCGCCCAAGGACUGGGCCACGACCAUCUACCCGGUGGACCUCGGUGCCGCCAACCUCGGCGACCUCGUGCCGGACUCGGACCCGUCGAGCAAAAAGUACUGGGCGACAGUCAGCAAUGGCAAAGGUGACAAUGCCAACGUGCAUCUGAUCCACUUUGCCAUGGACGCUGCGGCUAGUCAAGACAUCACAUUGGGGGGCGCGCAGGCCAACGAGCGUGCACCGCACCUGGCGUCCAUUGGGAAAGGCGGCAUGCUGGCCAUGUGGGAAGGCAGCUCGACGGGCGGCGACUUCGCAGAAGGCAGUGAUCGGACGGUGUACGCGCAGGUACUGGAUGCGACGACCGGUAAAGCCAUCAGCGAGACAGUGACGCUGGACAAAUCGGUGGUGGGCAACCGGUACCAGGCGCUGAAGACGUACCCGGACGGCAGCGUGGCGUAUCUGUCGAAGGGUAAGACAAGCACGUCGGUGCAGGUUGUCCGCUUCUUCGGUUGCUAG